AUGAAUCAAGGCAAAUUGGAGCAGCAAGCAGUUGAGAGGAGCUACCCCAUGUCCAAGGUUAGGGGCAACAGCCGAGAGGAGCUACCCCACGUCCAAGGUUGGGGCAGUGACCGAGAGGAGCCGCACGUCCAAGGUCAGGGGCAGUGGCUGAGAGGAGAUACCCCAUGUCCAAGGUCAGAAGCAGCAGCCAAGAGGAGAUACCCCAUGUUCAAGGUAAGCAGUGGUGGCCGAGAGGAGCUACCCCACGUCCAAGGUCGGAAGGGGGCAGCCGAGAGGAGAUACCUCACACCCAAGGUAAGAGAAACCCCAUUAAGACAGUAG